AUGGCAUUGUCGGCCAGCUCCAGCAGCUCUCGCCACCAUACUUUUGACUGCUUCUCGAAGCUGUUGGUCGGGUUUAGAUCUCCUCCGACACCCCAGAUGUCCUUCAAGUGGCCGGACGGUGUACAGGACGUCGGGAGCAGCAAGUUGGUGCGGUGGUCAAGCUCCUCCUAUGCAGCAAUGGCGGCUCCCGGCAGAAUUUCCGGCGCAACAGGUUUUAGGAGGACGUCGGGAGUGGCAAGUGGUGCGGUGGUCAAGCUCCUCCUGUGCAGCAAUGGCGGCUCCCGGCAGAAUUUCCGGCGCAACAGUCAAACACCUUUACCAAGCAAGAAGCGGUACUUUAAGCUUUCGAUAGAGAUGGUUUGUCUUACCGCGGCUGCUGGCACAGAGUUAGCCGAUGCUUAUUCCCCAGAUACCGUCAUUGCUUCUUCUCCGGGAAAAGAAGUUCACGACCCGUGGGCCUUCUACCUCCACGCGGCCCACAGGGUUCUAUACAGACGAUUCCCUCAGUUAACAAAGAGGUCAAAUUUACAGAUUCCUCAAAAAACAGAAAAUCAAAGCUCGUAUUUUUUCGGGGACCUUCGUCCCCUGGCGUGGAGUUAUCCAACUCCAGUACUGAUCGCCUAUUGA